GAGAGCUUCCCCCAGACAGCCGCCGCCACUGGGUUUAAGAUGCUUCUGUAGCCUGCCCGAGAUGAGCUCGCCCACUGCAAAGAGCGAAUCCAAGACUUCGCUGCUGAAGGCAGGGGGGAGCCGGAGGGUUGCGGCAGGAGCAGAGCCCCAGCCCAGGAAGAACCAUGCCCGGGACGGGAAGGGGCAACCCAGGUACCCAGCGAGGGAGCUGAGCAGCCAGGAACAGCUCCAUGGGGACCCCAGUUCUAGGAGGCCACUUUGCCACCCAGGAGUCAAGGAGAAUGGAGUGAAGGGACUCAAGAAGCAGUCACAUGGACAGGGUGAGAGCCAGCCAGAGCCAGCAGAAGGAGGUCCAAGCAGAGGCAGCAGCAAGGAACAAGCGAGGACAUCUAGGCAUCAUCACCAACAUCACCAUCACCACCACAAGCAGCAGCAUCCCAGCCUGGACCAACAGCAGCAGCACACCCAGAGGGAUGGGGAGGAGAGGGAGGAGGACUUUUUCUUCGGUCACAGAGAGGGGUCUAGCAGAGAGUCCCUAAAGCUCUCUGAAGGCUCGUCACCUCUGUCCAAGUCCAGCAGCAAGUACUCCACCAAGUCCAACAGCAGCGACAGAUCCGGGGAACCAGAUCCCCUCUUCCACCAGCUGCACCCCAUUCUCAGCUCCGUCUUUGGCCAGAUUCGUCAUGAGGAGAAGACCUGCUAUAAGGCUGUUCAGACGAGUGAAGAGGGACCGUCAGCCUGCGAGUACCAAGGUCCACUCAUGAUGCUGGCCCAGAACUGCGCCGUCAUGCACAACCUCCUGGGGCCAGCAUGCAUCUUCCUGAGGAAGGGCUUCGCAGAAAACAGGCAGCCUGACAGAGAACUGCGACCAGAAGAAAUUGAAGAGUUAAGAGAAGCCUUCAAGGAGUUUGAUAAAGACAAGGAUGGGUUUAUCAACUGCAGGGACCUGGGGAACUGCAUGCGGACCAUGGGCUACAUGCCUACCGAGAUGGAGCUCAUAGAGCUAUCCCAGCAGAUCAACAUGAAUUUGGGCGGUCAUGUGGAUUUUGAAGAUUUUGUGGAGCUGAUGGGACCAAAGCUUUUGGCAGAAACUGCAGAUAUGAUUGGUGUAAAGGAGCUACGUGAUGCCUUCAGAGAGUUUGACACCAAUGGUGAUGGAGAGAUCAGCACCAGUGAGCUGCGGGAGGCCAUGAAGAAGCUGCUGGGGCAGCAGGUGGGCCAUCGGGAUAUUGAAGAGAUCAUCCGAGAUGUGGACCUGAACGGAGAUGGGCACGUGGAUUUUGAAGAGUUUGUUAGGAUGAUGUCCCGUUGAAGAUUACGCUCAUCUGAAGAGGAACCAGCACCUCAGUGAAGGCAGAAGAGACCUGAGUGAAGCAUCUAGCCCUGAUGUUCCCAUGCAAAGGUUUAUAGGCUGGAUGCAUUUGAGACAGUGUGAGAUGACCUGCCUCUCCUGCCCCAAAGUGGUCCCCACACUCCUCCACCCUUUCACACUGUGAAAGACUCAUAAUGUCCUAUAACUGGAACUGUUCCUUCAAGAAGGCGACAGCAGGUAACUGCAGUGCCAGGACAAGCCACGAUGUUUUCAUGAGAUGUUUGCAACUUUAGACUCCUCCCCUCCUGCUUUUAUUCUCCCACCGACUGCUGCAAAGCAAGAGAAGAGGGAGCCUCUCGGAUUGGGGGAUGAAAGCAAAGCCAUCUGGGAUUGGUGGCUGCAGCAGGUCGCGCUCUGCACCUGUUGGAUUCCCUUGGUGAACUGUGUCCGUGUUUGCUGUGUGUCUGUCUGGAGUUAUUUAUGCCUCCCUGGUACAUUCUCGUGUCUUCUGUGGUUACGUUUACCAAGAGCAACUUCAAAAACAUGUCUGGAAAAAAAAAAGGUGAUAAAUGUGCAAACUGAA